AUGACGGCCAUACAGCUCGCUUCCCUACCGCUGGCCACACAGAUGCUGCUGGAUCCAGCGGUGGGACUCGAUCAGGGCAUCCUUGAGGAGUGGAAUGCCGCGUGCGCCGCAGCUGGUUCCCAGAGUAUCGAACACACCGGCGUUGCUCUGGCCUCGAGUAUGGCUAGAGGCGGUGUUGUGCGUCGGCGCGAGCCACGGCGGCUCGUGGACACGAACGACUUCCUCAAGCUUGCAGAGGCUCUGGACACGCUCGCUGAUGAGCUGAACGUGAAUGCUUCCCUCGGUGGUGCAUCACCGUCUUUGACGGCAGGGCCACCAAAGAAACCUGUGAGCCGAGAUCUCAACGUCGACGAACUGGACCCGCUCGGGAUGGACGGGCUGAUGGGGACACAAUUAGACGACGCUCAAGAGGCUCACCGGCUUUUUGACGCGAAGGAGUACGCAGCCGCCAUGGCCGCUUUCCUCAGUGUUUCCUCUGGCUGCCUGGCACAUGAGCUGACGCCGGCUCUGCUCAACAAUGUGGCGGCGUGUCAUUUUGUGAUGGAGCAGUGGAGUGCGUGCGAGGCAAUUACUCGGCGUGUGCUUGCUGUUGAUGCGACAGAGCGCUAUCCGAGCGCUCGACGACUGGUGCGCGUCUUCAUCUCUCAGGGGCGCCUGCAAGAGGCGCAGCAGGCCGUCAGCCUACAUCGUGACGCCAUCGCGUGGGCCGCCGAAGUGGCGGCUGUGAAGGCUUGCGCGAGCUACACCAACUUCUACGCUGCCCAUCAGUACAGCAAAGCUCUUGAGAGCUUGGAGGUGGUGUUGUCACUUUGCCCAUGCGGCACGUUGGAGGCGGCAAAGGCGCGUCUUCUCUCUCUCGAGAACGCGGCGCAGGCAGUGAGGUACGCUGCGCAGCGUUGCCGAGCUUAUGCGACCUCGGCGGAGCUGCGCUUCUGCUUGUGGUCUCUCACCUUCCACUCCGUCACCUCCGUUGCUGGACUCGAUACCCUUCUCGCGGACAUGCAAGCCACACCUUUGGGCAAGUCGGAGCUGCGGUAUCGACACCUGCGCACCUACAUCGCACGUUGCAAGGAGGCGUUUGCGAAACUGCAGGGUCUGAGGACGGCGCAACAGUGGCACGAGGCAGCAACCUUUGUCACGCAAGUCCUCGCCGAGCCCUUUCUCCCAGAUGGGCUGAAGGGUGUGAUGUACUACGAGCGUGCGCGAGCUCUUGCUCAGCAGGCAAGCUGGUACGCCGCCCUGGACGAUACGCACCGUGCACUAUCCUACACCGAGGCGGUAUCACUGCGUGCAAGCAUGCUGCUUCUCAUCGCCCGCUGUGAGGAGGCGCUCGGCCGCUUGAGAGACGCCGUCUACCACACUGAAGAAAGCCUUUGCCUUGCCUCCAACGCUGCGGCCGUCGAGCAGCUGCGUUCGCUCAAGGCACACUUGGCACAUGAGCAGACGUCUACUGAUGCUCCGAGAACGACAGCGCGCACCGCGUCGAAGAAAACGCCGAAGCCAAAGACGACCGCCAACGCGUUUUCUCCAGUGUCUCGCGCACCACUUGAUGUACAUUAUAAAACGCUCUCUCUUCCCCGCAACGCCAGUGCAGCAGAGGUGAAGAAGUCAUACCGGGCAUUGGCGAUAAAGUGGCACCCGGAUCGGUGGUGCAGCGCCUCGAAUGAGGCUAUACGCAUCGCAGAAUCGACCUUCAAGACGAUCCAGCACGCCUACGAAGAAAUCAUGAAGAGGGCCUCCUGA